AUGCGCAUGCGUCAAGCCGUGACGUGUCGAGAAAGUGUCAAACAGAAGGAUGUAAAAAUGAUCGAAAACACUCGAGAUAAACUUACUAGGAUAUUUAGUAGUCGCCCACAGCGGCAGUUUGGAUAACCUCACCCCUGGAGUCAGCCGUAGCUGUAAAUGUUAUAGACUAACCACUCCUCUUCAGUUGAGCUGAGGAAAUAGGUUUAACUUACUUUUGGACCCGCGACAUUGACCGUCGAGCUAAGUUAGUUAGCGACAGUUGAGCUAACCGGACUCGGUGAAGUAGCCAAACUAAACAGUAGCAUGGUAACGUUAACCGGCUUAUUUAACAUUACCAUGUAGUUAAUGUUAAACUGGCAGUGUAAACGUUAGAUAGCCACUUUGGUUAGUUUGGUCGUUCGUCUCUCAUUUAGCUUUCAGCGCGGUGACGUUAACGUAUCCAGCCGGGUAGCUGGCAGCAGGACUGACCUACGGAGAGAAAGAUGUCUCGGAGGCGGCUGGACAGUCGCAGCGGGCUCGCAGCUGGUCUGCUCGGCGAAAUUCAGACUCCAAUCAGCACGGAGCCGAUGGAAAGUGUGUAUGAAAUCACUGGAGAGCUUGGAAGGGGGAAGUUUGCGGUGGUCAAGCGCUGUGUGGAGAAGGCCACGGGGAAGGUGUUUGCUGCCAAGUUCCUACGGAAGAGGAGGCGAGGCCGUGACUGCCGGGCCGACGUCAUCCACGAGAUGGCCGUCCUGGAGGCGGCCCGUAACAACGCCCGUGUGGUCAACCUGCACGCGGCUUACGAGACAGAUCACGACAUCGUCCUGCUGCUGGAAUAUGCGGCCGGUGGGGAGAUAUUUGACCACUGCGUGUCUGAGGAGCUGCUGCCAGAGGCCCAGAUCACUCGUCUGAUCAGGCAAACACUGGAGGGAGUCCACCAUCUCCACCAGAGCAGCCUGGUGCACUUAGACCUCAAGCCGCAGAACAUCCUCCUGACCAGCCUGUGUCCUCCAGGAGACAUAAAGAUCGUAGACUUUGGCCUGGCACGCAGACUGGGCGCGGUUGGAGAGCUCAGAGAGAUUCUUGGCACACCUGAAUAUGUGGCUCCUGAGAUCCUGAAUUAUGAGCCAAUCACAACAGCCACUGACCUAUGGAGUGUGGGUGUUAUAGCCUACAUGCUGGUGACGGGCGAGUCUCCCUUUGUCGGGGACGACAAGCAGGAGACGUAUCUGAACGUGUCCCAGGUCAACGUGGACUACAGCAGGGAGGCCUUCUCCAGGGUGUCUGAGCUGGCCGUGGACUUCAUCCGCAAGCUGCUGGUCAAAACCCCCGAGGACCGGCCCAGCGCUGCCGAGUGUAUGAGCCACCCCUGGCUGUGGCAGCUCUGUCUCAGCCCCGACCACACCACCGCCACCCGCACCGUCCGCGACAGGAGCUGCGGCACCAAGUGGGCAGCCCCCCCCGAGGACCCCGAGGACAAGGAGAACUUCCUGGACUCGCCCCACUCUCACGCAAAAAGGUUUCGCUUCGACGAGGAAAGGCCCGCCGCUGGAGACGGUGACUUUUGAAAACGUAAAAAAAAAAAAACGGGAAGAAAUUGAAGUUGAAGGCAGGGAUGCUCACUCCUUCCUGUGAGCUUUUAAAUUCUUUUAAGCCUCCGGAAAAACCAGCAGUCCGCUGUCACCACUCAAAAGUACUUAGGUUGUGUUAUAUAUUUCACUAAUUUUCAAAAAUUCCAAGAUCGACCACUCAGACCAAAGAUAACCAGCUAAAACGUUGAGAUCUCUCCCUGAUCCAGCGCUGUUAAAAAGUGCAAAUUGUACAGUAUGUCUUAAUGAAUGCAGUGUGUUUAA